GAUCAAGAUGAGAAAAGGAUGAAAAUGGAAACCAAAGAUGGGUCGGAAAUCAAAGAUGAAAUCCCUCAGGUUAAAAUCACUGCUCCUGCUAAAACCACCCCCCCAAAAUGCCUCGACUGCCGGCAGUACCUGGACGACCCCGACCUCAAAUUCUUCCAAGGGGACCCCGACGACGCCCUGGAGGAGCCGGAGAUGCUGACGGACGAGCGCUUGUCCAUCUUCGACGCCAACGAGGACGGCUUCGAGAGCUACGAGGACCUCCCCCAGCACAAAGUCACCUCCUUCAGCGUUUAUGACAAGAGGGGACACCUCUGUCCCUUCGACACCGGCCUCAUCGAGAGGAACAUCGAGCUCUACUUCAGCGGCGUCGUCAAACCCAUCUACGACGACAACCCCUGCCUGGACGGUGGGGUGAGGGCCAAGAAGUUGGGGCCCAUCAACGCCUGGUGGAUCACGGGCUUCGACGGCGGGGAGAAGGCGCUGAUCGGCUUCAGCACGGCGCUGUCCCCGUGCCGCAGGCGAGCCGUGCGGCGCCAGGCCAUCCGCCACCCCACGCGCAUCGACAAGGACAAGGGUCCCACCAAGGCCACCACCACCAAGCUGGUGUACCUCAUCUUCGACACCUUCUUCUCGGAGCAGAUCGAGAAGGACGAGCGCGAGGAGGACAAGGAGAACGCCACCAAGCGCCGGCGCUGCGGCGUCUGCGAGGUGACCGAGGGUCACCAGUG